GGUGGGCUCAAUGGAGUGCGUGCGCGCUCUCUCCCGCUCUGUGUCUUUCUCGCCUUCCAGGGAGGGCCAAGGUGAGAGGAAUUUAAAACUUGGUUCCAGUGCAAAGUUGGAGUGGGAGCGCGUGUCUGCGCCUCAGUCAUUUAAUAUCCUGAGGUGAUUUGAGGACUUUCUUUUUCCAAGAUGAAAUCAACCCGGAUGUCUUAAGGCGGGUGUUGUGCCUCCUCCUUCCCUCUCGCCUGGGCAUCCCAGAUUGACAAGAGACAAGUCGAACCUGCAGCUUUCUCAGUGCAUCUUCCCUGCAAUCAGAUCCCGUCUCCCUCACUGCGUCUGUCCAUCUGUAUGUGAGCAGUAACACUCACUGAAUGAGCUUUUGCAUUAUUUGGAUUUGUUGAAUAAUUUCCAGCAUCCGUCAUGUCUCUAUGUAAAGGAAAAGUGAAGAAAAAACCUAACUUAAAGAUCUCUGAAGAUGUCUUCAAUCAGCCAGUUACAAGCCCAACGCCACCCCGAGAUCUGGAUUCAAAAGCUUGCAUUACAAUUGGAGAUCAAAAUUUCGAGGUGGAAGCUGAUGAUUUGGUGCCUAUCAAUGAACUGGGUCGAGGAGCGUAUGGAGUAGUGGAGAAAGUGAGGCAUGCACCCAGUGGAACCAUAAUGGCUGUGAAGAGAAUCCGGGCGACUGUGAAUAGCCAGGAACAGAAGAGAUUGCUAAUGGAUCUCGAUAUUUCAAUGAGAACUGUUGACUGUUUUUACACCGUUACGUUCUACGGAGCCCUGUUUCGAGAGGGUGAUGUGUGGAUAUGUAUGGAACUACUGGAUACCUCACUGGAUAAAUUUUACAAAAAAGUGAUCGAGAAAGGGAGAACAUUUCCAGAAGACAUUUUGGGAAAAAUAGCUGUGUCUAUUGUCAAGGCAUUGGAGCACCUGCAUAGCAAGCUGUCUGUGAUUCACAGAGAUGUAAAACCUUCCAAUGUUCUCAUCAACAAAGAAGGUCAUGUGAAAAUGUGUGACUUUGGCAUUAGUGGAUACUUAGUAGACUCGGUUGCCAAAACAAUGGAUGCAGGUUGCAAACCAUACAUGGCUCCUGAGAGGAUUAACCCAGAUCUGAACCAGAAGGGUUACAAUGUCAAGUCUGAUGUCUGGAGUUUAGGAAUCACAAUGAUUGAACUAGCAAUCCUACGGUUUCCGUAUGAAUCCUGGGGAACUCCGUUCCAACAAUUAAAGCAAGUUGUUGAAGAGCCUUCCCCGCAGUUACCCGCAGACCGCUUCUCCAAGGAUUUUGUGGAUUUCACAGCACAGUGUUUAAAGAAAAACCCCAAAGAUCGAAUGAACUACAUUGAUCUCAUGGCGCAUUCCUUCUUCAAAAUCCAUGAUGCCAUGAAAACAGAUGUUGCCUCCUUUGUAAAAGAGGUUUUAGGAGAUGAUCCUAUCUGAUGUCUGAGGAACUUAUAAAUAAAAUUGAUAGCUUUUUUUGUUCUCACUUAUCCAAUGGGAUUUCUAUUUAAGAGUGAACCUAAUUACUUAAGAAAAGGCGGUUGAGUUUAUGGCUGUUUGUGUAAGGUGCUUUAUACCAGUCAGAAAUCUCUGUGCUGCACUUAAAAGAUUCUGAGAGGUGUUUGUUUUGUACCUUUUGUGAAAAAACUCAAACUGGCACCAGCUGUAAAAUCCAAACCCAGAAUUUCUGAGCCUAGAUGUCCAACCGUCAGUAGGAGCUGAGAACGGAAAGUCCUAUCCCGUUUGUAAACCUGGCCUGGAGAUAAGAACAUAUAAUCAUUGCACCCUAAUUAGUGUAGAAGGAGGGCAUUUGGCACAUUGAGUGCAUAACAACCCACCUAGCCCCCUCCCAUAUCACGUAACUCCACAUUUCCCUAUGGCUAACCCGCCAAGCCUGUAUAUCCCUGGACACUAUGAGCCAAUCCACCUAGCCUGCAUAUCUUUGGACUGUGCAGGGAAACUGGAGCACCCAGAAGAAACCCACGCAGAAACUGGGCGAAUGUGCAGACAGUCGCCUGCGGCUGGAAUCAAACCUGGAUCCUUGUUGCUGUGAGGCAGCAGUACUGACUACUGAGUCACCAGAGAGGGUCCAAGAGUCCCUGUCUCCAAUUGUGCUCUUUGAUUCUCUCAAUUCAAUCCAAGCCCAAGCAGCCAUAAACUCUUGGUUACUCUUGGUCAGAUUAGUAUUGACCAUUUGUAUAUAGUUCACUGAAAACAGUCUGGUUGUAAAGAACAGAAAAAGGAAAAAAGCUCUUAUUUUUGACAGAUGCAACAUAUACUCUUGAUUAUAUUUAUCUUUGCAUGAUUUAUCAUUCAGAGUGUCACUGAUGUGUUUAAAUGUGUAGCACUUAAAACGUUUUCAAGAAUCUCAACGUAGACCAGUUACUGUGAAAACUAGCAAUUAAAACAGCUAACUGUGAAAAGGUGCCUGAUUUGUUAGUGAUCCUAAGUAGUAACUGAGGAAAGAUCUUGGUAAUUGGUCCCUCACCUCUUGUUAUUUUUGUGUUUAAAGGUAAAUAAUCAAACAUUAAUUAUAUCUUCAUGAUUGCAAUGAGAACAUUUGAGUCAAGACAAAUUAAAUAUUUCAAUAAAAAAUGGCAGUAAUGUUCAUGGAAAAAUUCUAGGGUUGCAUGGAAUGUAACAUGGUAGAAUGCUGCAAUGAGAGUUCACUCCUAUUAUCCGAUAGGAAUAGUCAAGUUGUACCAGUACUAUUAUAAUAGAUUUGUGAAAGGGAAAAUGCUAAGUGGAAUCUGAUUACUUAUGUGUGUCACAAAAAAUGAGGACUGCUUUCUCAGAGGAGGCAGAGAAUUGGUAGUGGGGCUGUCACUUAAGGAGGGAAUACAAUAAGAUAUAUAAAAGGAAAAAUUUAAUCAAACUCUUUAAUGAUCUACAAAAGUGUACUGCAAUUCCUCCUCCUGUUCUGAAGAUACUGAAAUGGGAGCAAACAGAAAUUACAUCCUUCAGGACUUGAAAAUUAGGUUAUACCAAAAUUUUAAAGAAAACUCUAUAAAAAAUUUGGAGCUGACUGAAAAUGGGCAAUUCCAACUACAUUAUUUUGCCAAGCUGGGUUACCUAUGCUGCUUAUUUUGGGAUCUCUGAGUUUGUGUGCCUUUCAUUUUGGGACCUACAUCAGGAAACCAUUGACUGGGUACAAUGUGAGGAGCUGUCAAUACUGUGCUGCUCUUUCAAGAAACAGACUUCAGAAAUGGUUGCUACAUGUCCAGUAACAGUGUUAUAACAUUGGUUAUGUCAACCAGGGAUGACCUGUGCUGAAGAAGAGCCCAUGUUUUUAAGCAUACUUUAUAAAUCCAACAUUACUGUUGAAACUGUACAAGAUCUUUUUUAAAAAAGACCAUAAAUUUAUAUGGAAAUGUGUUUUGUCAGGAAUAAUACAAUCUCAAACCAUUGAUAUACUGUAUAGUAAUGUGAUACUGAGAAACACUGCAUAGCUGCUUUAGUUACUCAGUUAAUAAAUGCACUGCUUUGUGCCAAACUGAGCCAGAUGCACUGGGAAGAUCUCCGGUUCAAUAUCUGAUCUGUGUAAAGUUAGCUAAUCUCAACCAGAAUGGUGGUAGGAUUGUUAUUCAUGAUACUGUUGGGUCCUUCUUUGGAAUCAACUUCACAAACACUUCGCUUCUAAUGUGCUACAGUUAUUAGCUGUAAGAUGGCUCAGCAAGUCUAAUAGGAAGAUUGUGUGUGUGUUUUUUCUGCUGUGUUGAGUUAACUUAAUGUGUCCGAGGUACUGUAAUUAGCUUUGUGUUUGGGGUGGAGAAAUCUGUCACAAGUCCCUUGUCUAAUGGCUUUAAGAGUGCCCAUCCUGGAUUGCAAUUGGGUGAAGUUCGAUUGAGUGCAGCAACACUCGAUCAUGUCUCAAAAGUUAAAUAGUCUGGCAAUGUUAAACAUCUGUAUUCACAUAGGAAAGCAUAAUCACUUGCUUUAGAUACCAGAAGGCAACUAACACCUGUCAGAACAGCGAAUGGUCAAGAAAUUGGAUCAUGUCUGAAUUAGGAUAAGUCCUGGUGCACUAUCUGCACCUAAGGACAGGUGGCAAAACAAUGGUAAAUUAGUUUAUCUAUCACCAACGAGUGAGCUUCUGAUUGAGAUGGAGUGCCCGCAGCAGGAAUAGCCAGCACUGCUGCUAGUUGAAGUGUUUUGAAAGGCCUAACUGAAAAGCCCUUGUGUUAUGCAGGAGCAGGUUGCAGCCUGCAUAUUUAAUGUUGAGCCUAGAGGAGCAUUUCUGAAAUGUUUUGAAGGAAUUGGAUUACUUGCUAAGUACCCAAAGUAACUGCAGUAUGUACAGCAUAUGCUAUGGUCCUGUUUAAUUAAUUCUGCAAAGAAGGCAUAGGCAAAGGGCUUAACACCAAUGUUAGGUGCGCAUUUUUGAUGUCUAUGCAAGAGUCCUCAUCAGUAUAACCAGCAAGUGCAGAUUGAGCGUGUGCAUAUUACCUGCCACAUUUGACCCUUAGUCAUUUUACAAGGGUUAAACAGGCACAGAGCCUUUAAACUUGUAGGCCAGUGCCUUCAUGAGUUUGAAUAGUAAGACUACUUGUUGUCUUUAUGGUUUAAUUCCCAAUGGUUUAAUUCACUUACACUUAAAUUAAUUCAAUUUACCAAA